GUUGGACGGACGCAUUUUUUUUCGUAAAUAACUUGUUCGACCUUCUCUACCAUAAAAACAUUCGAUCACCGCAAAUUCUCUUCGAGUAGUAAAAAAUAAAAAUUCCCAUCACUGAAUAAUUAAUCGGUUUCCGCUUAUUGAGACGAACUGAAAAAUUUCACUGGUUCAUUAAAGAAAUCUUUGCUCGGGCUUCGGUCUUGUUAAAACGUCAAUAUAGAAACUCCGCUAUUCAAAUAUGGCCGAGACAACUAUUGAAAAUUUUGACGAGGAAAAUUCCGUUACGAUGCUUGAUGUUUUGCAAGAAGAAAAUCAAUUAGAAGAAGACGCAAAUGCGGUUUUGGGUCCGUCCGACGAUAAAAAUUGCACCUACAACAAGGGAUACAUAAGACAAGCUCUAUAUGCUUGCAAAACAUGCAGAGGGGAUAAAGAACCAGCCGCUGUGUGUCUUGCGUGUAGUUUCCACUGUCACGAGGGGCAUGAACUUGUAGAAUUGUAUACAAAAAGACAUUUCCGAUGCGAUUGCGGCAACGACAAAUUUGGUGGGAAAAAAUGUACACUUGACAAUUCCAAAGCAGGGAUUAAUAAUGAAAAUAAGUACAAUCAGAAUUUCGACGGUGUUUAUUGUACCUGCUCCAGACCAUAUCCAGAUCCAGAGGAUACCAACAAUGAUGAAAUGCUCCAAUGUAUCAUUUGCGAGGAUUGGUACCAUUCUAAGCACCUGGAAUGCCCAGAAGGAACGCCGCAGGACAAUUCGUUUGACGAGGUCGUGUGUGCCGGGUGCAUGAGAAAGCACGAAUUUCUGUGGCGUUAUGCACCUAAAUAUUCAGUAACAAAGAAUUCGUCGAAGGAAGAAAAAAGCAGCACGAAAGAUGAGGAAAAUUUGGAUGUGACGACAGUAUCAACAAAAGAUUGUUCACUACCUGAGAGUAAAAAUGAGCAAACAAAUUCCGGCUCGUGUUUCUGGCUGGAAGGCUGGCGAUCGAGUCUCUGCCGUUGUUCCAAUUGCAUCAAAAUGUACGAGGAUGCCAAAGUCUCAUUUCUUUUGGACCCUUUGGACAGUGUUCAGGCUUAUGAGGAAGCCGGCAAAUCAAAUCCUCGAGAAACUCAGUACGAGAAAGGCAUGAGGGCACUCGCUUCCCUCGACCAUGUGCAACAAAUUGACGCCAUUCAAGAGUACAACAACAUGAAAGAAAAUUUGAAGCAGUAUUUACAAAAAUUUGUUGAGAACAAAAAAGUCGUGCGUGAAGAGGACAUCAAAGAAUUUUUCUCCGGAAUGGAAUCGAGGAAGCGUUCUAAAGUCGUCGUACCAACUUUUUGUCGUUAAUAUAAGUGUGAGAAAGCGAAAAAUUCAAAAUAAAUAACAGUUAAAUGAGAGAAUGAAAGUCAGAGAGAAAGAGAGAGAGAGAGAAACAAAUGUGAGAAUGAGACAAGAAUCUCCAUUUGCCGUACAUAAUAUUGAUUUCAAAGAUAUUUCUCGUAUUCUAAUGAAAUUGAAAAGUCGAGCACUCGAGAAAUUCAUAUAAAAAAUAUGUAAUUCACUCGUAACACUUAUUUCGUAAGCAUUUUUUUCUCCCUUCAAUCUUAUUACAUAAGUAAAAUUUGAAUUAAAACACGUAUGAUCUAUUUUUUGCUUGAUUAAAGAAAAGGACAUUUGGAAAAUUUGUAUUUUAUUUUGAUACUUCGAUAAUUCCGAUUAAACAAAAUAUAAUCGAUAAGAAGCAUGUGUAACUCCAGUCGUUUAAAUUUCCUAAAUAAUAAAGUUUCAGACAGCGCUCAAACACUUAUUAA